GUACUCAAUACAUCAAUUGUAGAGCGAUAUAGAAAUACCACUGUUAAAAUAGUGCUCAAUACAUCAAUUGUAGAGCGAUAUAGAAAUACCACUGUUAAAAUAGUGCUCAAUACAUCAAUUGUAGAGCAAUAUAGAAAUACCACUGUUAAAAUAGUGCUAACUAUAUCAAUUGUAGAAAAUACCACUGUUAAAAUAGUGCUAACUACAUCAAUUGUAGAGAGAUAUAGAAAUACCACUGUUAAAAUAGUGCUAACUACAUCAAUUGUAGAGCAAUAUAGAAAUACCACUGUUAAAAUAGUACUCAAUACAUCAAUUGUAGAGCGAUACAGAAAUACCACUGAUAAAAUAGUGCUAACUACAUCAAUUGUAGAAAAUACCACUGUUAAAAUAGUGCUAACUACAUCAAUUGUAGAGCAAUAUAGAAAUACCACUGUUAAAAUAGUACUCAAGACAUCAAUUGUAGAGCGAUAUAGAAAUAUCACUGUUAAAAUAGUGCUAACCACAUCAAUUGUAGAAUAUAGAAAUACCACUGUUAAAAUAGUGCUAACUAUAUCAAUUGUAGAGCAAUAUAGAAAUACCACUGUUAAAAUAGUGCUCAUUACAUCAAUUGUAGAGUGA